UUUGCAAUCUGGCAUCUGAUCACCGACCCAUUCACAUCCUUUCAGUUUUUUCCGAAUCUCGUUCUAUAAAUUCUUUUCUGUACCGUACUUUAGCAACUGAAAAAAGUUAAGACGUUCAUUAAGGAUUUUAUUGUGCUAAAUACGAACAAUAAUACACAAAACUUUUUUAAGUAAAGAGGUAAACAAAAUCUUACUGCAUUUGUUUCUUCCAUUAGUUUUUUGUACGCGUAUUUUCCAUAUUAUUACAAAAAUAUUCAUUGAAGAUUUAAAUCUUAAGUUUGAGCUUCUUUUUCCAUCAUGUCCUUAGCUGAUGAACUCUUGGCUGAUCUUGAAGAUGCUGGUGAGAUUGAAGAUGAACAUCUUCUUCAACUGGAUGCACCUGUGCAAGAAGUUGAAGAUAUUCCCAUGGAAGUUGAUACUAAAUUUCAAACAAUUAGGGACAUUGCCAAACUUCGAGACAGUGACCAAUUACAUAGAGUAAUGGCUGAAAUAGAUGAAAGAAAAAAUAAAGAUCGCAAAGAAGCUCUUGGUCCAGUUGAAGCUGAUCCAGAAUAUUUACUCAUAGUAGAAGCCAAUAAUUUAGCAGUGGAAAUUGAUAAUGAAAUAAAUAUCAUUCACAAGUUUACAAGAGACAAGUAUUCAAAAAGAUUUCCUGAAUUGGAAUCAUUAGUUCCAAUACCUCUUCAAUAUGUUUCUACUGUGAAGGAAUUGGGUAAUGAUCUUGAUAAAGCUAAAAACAGUGAAAUUCUGCAGGAGUUUUUAACUCCAGCCACCAUUAUGGUUGUGAGUGUCACUGCAUCUACUACUCAAGGGCAACUUUUAUCUGAUAAUGAUUUGAAAAUAAUAUUUGAAGCUUGUGAUAUGGCGAUUGAACUUGACAAUUUCAAGCAAGAAAUUUAUACUUAUGUGGAAUCUCGUAUGUCUUUCAUUGCUCCUAACCUUUCAAUAAUUGUUGGCGCAUCAACUGCAGCCAAGUUAAUGGGUGUUGCUGGUGGUUUGAGUAACCUUGCAAAAAUGCCAGCCUGCAACAUUCAAGUAUUAGGUUCACAAAGGCGGACGCUUGCUGGAUUCUCAACAACUGUGAUUCUGCCUCAUAUUGGCUUUGUUCACUCUAGUGACAUUGUUCAAAAUACUCCUGCAGAUUUAAGAAGAAAAGCUGCCAGGUUGGUUGCAGCCAAAUGUGCUAUAGCAGCUCGUGUUGAUGGUUUCCACGAGUCAGCUGAUGGUGAAGUGGGUCGAACUCUAAGAGAAGACAUUGAGAGGAAAUUAGAUAAAUUGCAAGAACCUCCUCCUGUGAAACAAGUAAAACCUCUUCCAGCACCUAUUGACCAACCACGCAAAAAAAGAGGUGGUCGUAGGGUGAGAAAAAUGAAAGAGAGAUAUGCCAUCACAGAAUUCAGAAAACAAGCCAACAGAAUGAAUUUCGGAGAGAUCGAAGAGGAUGCGUACCAGGAUGACUUGGGCUUCAGUUUAGGACAAGUUGGAAAAGCUGGUACUGGGCGCAUCAGGGCACCACAAAUCGAUGAAAAGACUAAAGUCAGGAUUUCAAAAACUUUGCAGAAAAAUCUCCAAAGGCAGCAGGUAUAUGGUGGAAGUACUACUGUCCGUAGACAAAUAUCUGGAACAGCGUCCAGUGUUGCUUUUACUCCUUUACAGGGUCUUGAAAUAGUAAAUCCACAAGCUGCGGAAAAGAAAGGUAGCGAAUCUGCCAAGUACUUCUCAAAUACGUCUGGCUUCAUUAAAGUGGAGAGAAAAUGAAUUCCAAUAUCAUGUUCAAUUGUAUGUAAUUGUAUGCCAGUAGUUUUAAAGUAAACCUGUAUAUAAAAAAUUCAUUACUUUGUUUUCAUAAACUUAUAUCAUAAUUAAAGGAAUACAAUAUA